CCUUAGUGGACGGUAGUGGUCGCUUUCUUUACCUACUUGAUCAAGGACAAUGUAGAGUGCAAACAGGCGGUUUAAAUAGAAAACCUAUUGGAGAUGAUUUUGGAUGUCCAGCUGGACCAGAGCUGCUGGGUGCGGAAGAUCGGGGUAUGCCCCGGAGAAUUUGAAUAAGGAGCUCGUGGUGCGGUACUGCAAUCAGAUACUGGGCAUUUUAAUGAACUGUUUGGAUUAUCACAAUUUGGGGAACGAAAGCGAGCUGAUCCUGGAGUCCCUGCAAUCCUUCUCGAAACUCCUGAACAGUUUGCCAGGGUUCAAAUUCAGUUCCUUUCAAGUUACCGGAGCAGUGAGGAUCAAGUUGCUAUUCAGUCAAGAGGAUCCAGGUCUAAGGAGAUCCUCGAUCCAGUUAUUAGGAGAUCUGGCAACAUCCCUUGGCCAGGAGACCAAUUUUGAGGCAUUCAAGGAUCGAGUGAGAUCCAAGGGAACCUCAUCACUUUACUCUUGCAUCUAUGCAAUCCAGACGUGUAUGUUGUCAAGGCCUCUAAAAGUACAAUCCAGAAGGUUGGCCCUUAUCUGGAUUUUCCGGAGGUAUACCGCAUGAUCCAGGAGUGUUUGGGCGACGACACCGACUUGAUGUUCACGGAUUUUAUUAAGGAGUUAAUUAAACGCAUAG